GAUAGACAGUUAUGACUUCGCCUUUAUAUCAAUUGGAUAUAUUUGAAUUACGGCCUCUGAUAACAAAUUUCAAUUGUAAAUUAUCGACCAUAUCGGAAUAUGAUUGCCACAAACAGAUGCUGUGUCUUGUCUCCGAGGACAAUGACAUUGUGUUACGCUACACCAGUGAAGGUGGCCAGGAGGUAUUGAAAUUGGUUUCAUGGUUUCGACGUACCAAUCGUGUCAUACAUGAUAUUUGUUUUGAUCCCUCAGGAACCUGGCUGCUGGUGUUAUGUUUCGACAAUACUCUACACAUUGUGCCCGCCUUGGCUGUGGUUGAUAAAGCCACCUUGGAGGCAAAUGCCAAAAAUUCAGUAUACCCCUCCCUGUACAGUACCACACAAGUGACAUCAUACAUAAUACCAUUUGUUGGACCACAUGAGUGCCCCAACUCCAAGAAAUGUCCCAAUAAGUUAACAUCAAAAAGAAAUUCUGGCCUUGGUGGAGCCGCAGCCUCAUCCUCUAAGAAUGAAGAAAAACCAAAUGAACCAGAUAAUGAGGAACAACAAAAUAAAAAUGUCAAUCUCCUAGCAGAUCAAGUUGAGGGUUUACAAUUGGAAGACAACGCCCCAGAAGAUGAGGGGUUGGUUGUGGUCCCAAUGGAUGCUGGUAAUAUUGAUGUCUUCAGUCAAGAUGUACCUGCCGAAAUGUUGGCAUCAACGGCUCCACAAAAUCUCCAUGUGGAUGAUAAAACCGGUAAUAGCCAGCUGCCGGCAAUGAAUAUGUCCUUCAUGGCCUCAAACACCUGUCCAUAUCCUUUAUCGGUGGUAUGGUGGCGUACCUUGGAGGGUGUUAAUCGUGCGGUUAUUGGAUAUUCCGAUGGUUCGAUAUGUUUUGUCGGCCUCAGCCCUAAUUGUCCUUUUGUGGCCAGUACCUCGGUGGAAAGUGGUUCGGUGGUGAAGUUGCUGAUAUGUCGGGAUAAUACUUUUGAUAGUGUCAUGUUAUUGAUAACCUCAUCACUGAAACAACAAUUCAAAUUACUAUUGGAACAAAAAGCCAUCGAAUAUACCUAUCCGGGAGAAUUAUCGCCCACAACUGGGGCAGGAACAACAAGCGGAGCGCAAACCAAAGAUAAAGAUGAUUGGCAAAUUGUUUUGCCAUUGAAAAGUAAUAAUAGCAAUUCCAGCAGUAAAGAAUCCUCAUGUGAACGCAGCAAUCCAUCCGAUGACGAUGUAUUUAUGAAAGAAGAACCAUCCGGAGCUGGAGUAAUUACGACAACAAAAGACAUUAACCCGCCGCCUCAAAUCCAACAACAUAUAGCACAAAUUAAUAACGCACGUCCUGGUGGAGAACCGCCACCACCUCCAACACAAAUCCAACCAAAAGUAGCAACAUCUUCCAUUGAAACAAAUGGUAAUACAACCCAACAGCCACCACCGCCACCAUAUUCUGUGGCCAUUACCCGUCAUUUGGAUAAUAAUGAUGGUGGUAUAACCACCACAGCUUCUAUGACAAAUAGUAGUGGGGUAUCCACUACCAGCUCAAGUGAACGUAAUAAUCCACAGCAGCAACAACUCGAUAAUGAUGCAGAUAACAUUAGAGGUGGUUAUAUUCCAGCAGCCAGAGCCCGUUUGGCAUCGCUGAAGUCAUUGGGUUCAAAGAAGCUGAAUGCCAUUAAAAUGCGUCUUUCUGAUAAACGACAAAAGAUUGAAGAAUAUAUGCCCGACAAUUCCCUGGGAUCCUCUUUCGCAAUUGUCGACUCUCCCUCGUUGACACCUGAGCUAUUGGCAAAUUCAGCUGGUUCCUUUUAUACCAUCCAAAAUUUACGCAGUACAUAUUUACUAAGUGCUUUGCAUAGCCAGUCGAAUAGCUUUACCGUACACAAUAUCGAUAUACAUUUGAAGCCAUUGUUUCUUUAUAAAAUACCCCGAGAUUGUGUCGAUAUAUUGAUAAGUUCGAAUAUUUUAUAUACCAUACAAUAUGUGGAUUAUUAUGGUGGUGGUGAGAUACCAUCACCUUUGGCAGCAUUAGUUGGUAAACCAGCAAAACAAUCCGAGCAAAAAAAUCAAAAUACCGAAAAAGAAAAUCGUGAUAUGGAUGUUGAAAAACAUGAAAAAUAUGCCGAAGAAAUUGCUGCUGUUAUGGAGGAUCUUAAUGAUGGUGAUGAAGCCUCUGGGCAACACGCUGCUGCCGUUAAACGGGAUACCAGUCAAGAGGAUAGUGCCGCAGAUACAAGUGCUGCUUCAUCGACAUCGGAACAUUAUAGUCAAGAUAGUCUAACACCAAGUAAUUCCAUAAAUGCUGUGGGGGUUAUAAGCAGUGCUAUGGCAUCGCUGCGCAAGGGUGAUGAAGAUAAAUUCAACACAUUUUCCCAACUGGGUCUAUUUCGUUUUGAACACGAAACUGUUCUAAGCCUCUAUCAAAUGGCCACCUUCCGUCCAUCUACAACAACUGAAACCAUAUCAAAAGAUGAAAAGACCAAAGUAUUUGAAUGUAGCGAUAUCCGUUCACCCAUGGACUAUGUCAAGUUUUAUGAAACCGCCGAUGUCAAGGAGGAGUUGUCGCUGCGUCAAAUGGAAAUAAUGCAAAAUGAAUUUCCAAAAAUCAAUUUCGAUCCAUGUUAUGUUGUCACGAACAAAAAUGUCUACUAUAUACAAUUGAAAAAAGAACCCUUUGCCAUCUUCUUGGAAUGUGCUCUGGCCGGAGAAUGGACGCAAUGUCGUGAUUUUUGCAACACAUUCGAUUUAACAUAUGAGGCUUGCAUUGAAUUUGCCGGUGACUAUUUGUUGCGUCGUAAAAAAGUCACGCAAGCAUUGCUCACCUAUAAUACGGCACGCAUUAAGCCCAUUCGCACUGCCCUCAAACUGGCAAUGUUUGGACAAACGAAUGCUCUAAUGCAUUUGUGUGCCAUGGCACUGAAGCUGACACAUGUGCUCAAAUCGAAAUAUUUUUGUCAUCCCAUCAUCAAGACACUUAUGCCCGAUAUAACAUACCGUCAUUCGGAAAAUGUACAACCCAUAUUACCGCCAACACCAACACAAUAUGCCGCUGAGGGUGUACAGGUUAAUGAAGGUCUGGCAUGCAGUGAUUAUAUCUAUGGCGUAGAUGAGCCUAUGAGUCAAUUACAAAUGUCAGCCUCAUCCCAGUUUCAUUUGGCUAAUUUGUUGCUCAUCACAUUGGCGGAGAAGGCUGUCAACGAUAAAAAUUAUGUACCGUUGUGGAAUUUCCUGGUAACAAAUGGCAAAUAUCACACAAACAUGACAAGUAUUGUUCUUUGCCAAAGUGGCCUAUUUUCGGCAGCUCUGCUAUUGGCCAAAGUUCGUGGUGUUUGUAUUGAUACAUUUUUGGCUUUGAACAGUGUUGUGGGCCAGGAAUUUGGCUGGUAUUCGGAGGUCAAUGUUUGCUUGUACAAUUUAAGUGAGAUCAUGUUCACGGAAACCAUUACCUAUUUACCAAAUGUGGCUAUCGAUUAUUUUUCAUUCAUACAAGACAAGCUGCACAACAUUAGACCAAGUGUUUUAAGGCGCUUGGAACAACAACUCAAUCCAUUUUCACCAACACUACGACCCAUUGUAUCGCACACCUCAUCCAUUUCGAAUUCUAACGACAAUAAUACAUAUUUACUGGAAUUUUGUAAAAAUCUCAUCGAAACCUAUUUAGCUGUACUCAUUCAUUUGGAAUCUCAACGUUCGAAAACGGAUCGGGUGUUGAAUGCCCUAAAUACCUUCCGUUUAACAUACGAAGACAAUCAAUUUGCCAUCGAAGCUACACGUUUUAAACCAAUAUCGGCGGGAUGUGCUCAUUGUGCCUGCGUGGUGGAUGGGGUGGCGUAUUUUUGGGGAACUAAUGGUGUGCCUUGCAACUAUAGUGUAAGCAAGCCAUCGGACUCUCCUGAACCUCCUUAUGCUGUGAAAAGUAUGGAAUUACUUUCCCAGUUAAAUCUGCAUGUGCAUGCGGUGAAAUGUGGUCGCCAACAUACCUUGAUAUUGACCAAUAAUGGGUUGUAUUCCCUGGGCAACAACAAUCUGUGCCAAUUGGGUAUUGGAAAACACAUGCAAAUGACUCUGCAACCCAUGCUGGUUAAGGCUUUCGAUGGUAAAAAUAUAACUAUUUUAGAAGCAGGACAAUAUCAUAAUGCAGUGGUAGCUGAUGGUAUGCUAUAUACCUGGGGGUGGGGUGUCUAUGGCCAGCUGGGUCAUGGUGAUACUGAAAAUGCAGCUGAACCCAAAUUGGUUUCAUUUUUCAAAUAUAAGAAAAUCCUGCAAGUCUCUUUGGGACAUGCUCACACAUUGGUGCUAUGUGAAGGUCCAAAAGAUCGUAACACAACCGAACUUUAUGUUUUUGGUUCGAAUAAUUUCGGUCAAUUGGGUUUGGCCGGCAGUUUGAAGACAGUAAGCAGCGAACCAAACGCUGCGGCAGCUUCUUCCAGCGAUGAUGGCAUUAAUUAUAGUGGUCAGGUGAAAUAUGUACUGCCUCAGCGACUGGAGAUAACGGGAGCAGCAAGAAUAAGACUGAUACAUACGAAAUUUUUCACUAAUUUGGUUGUUGAUGAAAAUGAGAAAAUGUAUACCUGGGGCUCCUCGCCUCAGGCCUUGCGUCUUGCCAAUCAAAUUAAACGUAGAGCAAAUGCCAAACAGAAAAACGAAGAGGCCCAGAGGCGAGAGAUGAGCAAAAGGUUUGAGGCCACUCUCAGUGAAAAUGUUGAAGUGACAACCGUAGAAGCGGAUAUAAAUGUAGUGCCCACCGUUGUUGAUGCGCCCUUGGUGGCAGCUACAGCUACAACGCCAAGUGUUACCUUAACCUCGCCGAUUUUGGAAAAACCCCUAACUUCGAGUAGUGAUGCAGAUAUUAGCAUAGUUAAAGAUCCAAUUGCACUAAUCUCGGAGGAGAUCACUGCCCCCGUUGUAGCAGCACCGGCAACAGCAACAGUUGUAGAUGCUCCUGUUGCCGAUUUAAAUAUACAAUUGAUAGAAGAUGAAAUUGUUGCCGAUAUACCAGUGGUGAAAACGACAGCGACGGCGACCUCGGCCUCCACCACAAGUAAUGCUCAGGAAAAAAUUGAAACGCAAAGUGAGACAACUGCCGUACCACCAACUGCAGCCAUUAUUGAUGUGGAUCCCUGUGAGCAUAUGACACCACAUUUGGUGGAUACCUCAGAGGUGGCAGGGCAGAUAUUACAGGUUUCAAGUGGCCUUUUCCACUUUGCUUUGAUCUCAUCAUCAUGUACCCUCUACACCUGGGGUAAGAAUUUGGAACAUCAGCUGGGUACGGAGGAUAAGGAGAGGCGUGCCGUCAGUAAACCCUCACCCAUUGAUAGUAUUGAUCGUCCCAUGUAUGUGGAUUGUGGAGCUGAUUUUACUCUAGUCAUGACAACAGAUUUUGUUGUCAAAGCUUUUGGUGGAAAUUCGAAUGGACAGUGUGGUCGUGAUCUGGGUGCCUGUAUAGACAAUAAAAUGAAACAGCGAGUCGUUUGCUUGCCCACCACCAAACGUCUGAUGCGUUUCGAAAGCCAGUGUGUUGAAGUUCCCGUCGAAAUUAAUUUACCACGUCCUCGCAUACGUUUGGACUAUGAGCCAGUUCGUUAUCUCAAGACAAUACCACGCUAUAAAUGUUAUUUCCUACAGGAGGCGGAAAUCGAUUUUGAACAAUGCUAUGAUAUGGCUUCAAGAAGUUCGGCGAAUCAAAUAACCGGCCAGGAAUCAGAUGAUAUGAUCUCAUCAUUGGAAAAUAUAAGUCAAAAUGAAAUCUCCUCACUGCAGGCAUCACCAAAUAUGCCGCUGUUGGCCAACGAUCACCUGCUCGAUCCAAAUCAAUUGACGGCAAAUAGUUCGUAUGAAUGUUCGCCGGAUGAACAGAGCUACUGUCGGCUACCGAAUGCCUGUAAUAUGUCAACAAGUAUUACGGAUAAUGGCAACAGUAUGGGUGGUCUGAUGAAUAUGAAAUCUCAAAACCCAGGAGACCAUCCAACAAUGAAAAAUAACAAUUCUGAGGAUAGCGAAGAAUUGCAACAGCUAUGUAAUUAUAUCCACUAUUGUCUAUAUAUUUUCCAUGGCCUUUAUAAUCCUGAAAAAGUGCGAGAAUUCUCCAAAGACCGUCUGGAAUAUCGCAUACGCACCCUUAUGUUAAAUUUCAAAUAUGUUGAUGCCUUUGAGCUAUGUUUGCGUAGCGUACACAAUGCCAGUUGUGCCCUUAAAAUUUUCGAAUAUUUCUCCAAGGAUACCGGUUAUGUGCCACUACGUAGGGCGGAUCUAAGAUUUCUCAUUUACUAUCUGAUGCAACAUUUUAUGGAACGCAAUUACGAUUUGUCGCUGUGUGAGAAUUUCUUUUUGGCAGAUUUGGAUUAUUAUCUGCUCGAAUUGGCCUAUGUAUUGUACUUCAAUAAUAACAAUACCGAACUGGAACAGAAUCUUAAUGAGAAAUUUAAAAAUCUCAUAGCACGCAGUGAGGAUAGUAAUCAACAGCUGAAUAUCAACUUUCAGCAGCAGCAAACACUCGGAGGCGGAGCGCCCGCCGAAGCCGAUGUACAUCUUGCCACACAUAAACUUCAGGAUACCGAUGUGAUAUUUGAAUUAUUAAGUGUGAAAUUUAAGACAAUUAUUUGCCAGCGCCUUUUAAAGUUUUGCAAUACAUAAUCUAGCA